AUGUCUUAUAUUUUAAUAGCUAGCUUCCAUGACAGUGGCGGUCAAUUUAUUCAGAUCCACAGUCUCACAUCUAUGGUACAUUUGGAUCCCUAUAUAAAGGCGUUCUUUCCGUUGAUUACUUGUUCCCCAUCUUUAUCACACUUAUUUUUCAUUAAGUUGUUUCAAAUGUCUACCCAAUCAAUCCUGAGAAGCAAAUCUUCUUCUGCCAGUACUAGCUACUGCGAAAUGGUAGACUCUCUUGAGGUUGGAUUCUCAAUUGAGAAGCAAGUGGUGGCAUCUUGCCAACAACAUAGGGAACGAUCAGUGCGAUUCUCAGAUGUAGUCACAAUAAACAACUCUGCCUUUGUAAUGGUUGUGAAUGGGAGCAAAGGCAAUCAAGACCUGUCUGCUUAUCAGCAAUACAACAGUUCUUCCUCUUCCUAA